AUGGAUCCGAGGACGGACAAGCUGAUCAGGAGAACCACCAUGGUGGCCACCUGCACCGCCGCCUACCUCCUCCUCACCGCCGACUACGGCCCCGAGGACAACGUUCUCAUUCCGGUGAGAUCUCCGCUUCUUUCUCUCUCCCUCCCUCCCUCCCUCCCUCCCUCCCUUUCGAGCCCCGGUUUCAAACUGGGUCCUUCCUCUUCUUCUGCUUCUGGUUUCUUGCGGUGACCUAAGUUUUCUUCCCGCAUGUCGAGAGAUGCAAUCGACCCUCUACUGCUUGAUUUUUCUGUGAGGAGCGGGGAAUCAGAAGAUACCCUUCAUCUCUGUCACGGAACCCACAUGACCCAUCUCUGUGAUUUCUCUGAUUUCUCAUUGCAGGUCAGGGCGGCAUUGAAAUCGAUGGAGCAGUCUGUGAAGAAGCUCGUCACUGGUUCGAACAAGGAAGCCGGAGAAACUGAGAAGAAGGAGAAACCCAAAGCGUAG